GGAGGACACCGGCUCAUCAUGGCGGCGCCCAGCGAGGCCCCGGAGCGGCGGCGGCCUUUUGGGAGGCGAUUCCUCACCGACCCCACCCGCCUUUUCCAGCAUAACGCCUGGGAUAAUGUGGAGUGGUCAGAAGAGCAGGAAGCCAGUGCCAAGAGUAAAGUUCAAGAGAACAGCUCACAGCUAUUGCCACAAGAUAAACAAGAGGAAUAUGAGGUGAAUGCUAAGAGAUACUGGGAUGACUUUUAUAAGAUUCAUGAAAAUGGCUUCUUCAAGGACAGGCACUGGCUGUUCACUGAAUUCCCCGAGCUGGCACCAAAUAGGAACCCAAGUCAAAAUGAAGAUUCUCUGUGUGAACUCAGCUGCAAAGAGGUAUCCAAAAAUGAAGGGCUGGGAAGCUGUGAAAAUGGACAUUGCACAUUAGAAACCAGAGCAGAGAAUGAGUUAAACCUGGUGAAAAGCAGUCGUACAUGCUGUACAGAAGAGCUGGCUGCACAGAAGCUGAAACAGAGUUAUGAAGAUUACCCGGGAUCCUCUGCUUCUUACCGUAUAUUAGAGGUUGGCUGUGGUGCUGGAAAUACAGUCUUCCCAAUUUUACAAACCAACAAUGACCCAGGCCUUUUUGUUUAUUGCUGUGACUUUUCUACGACAGCCGUGGAUCUUGUCCAGAGCAAUGUGGAAUAUGAUUCUUCUCGCUGCUUUGCAUUUGUCCAUGACCUCUGCAAUGACCAAAGUCCUUUCCCAAUGCCAAAUGAAAGCCUUGACAUUGUCAUUCUCAUCUUUGUCCUGUCAGCAAUUCUCCCAGAGAAGAUGCAGUACGUCAUUAACAAACUAAGUCACCUUCUGAAACCAGGAGGAAUGAUUUUGUUACGAGAUUAUGGCCGUUACGACCUAGCCCAGCUUCGGUUCAAGAAAGGUCAGUGUCUGUCUGCUAACUUCUAUGUGAGAGGUGAUGGCACCAGAGUCUACUUCUUCACCCAAGAUGAAUUAGAUGAUCUCUUCACAAGUGCUGGCCUGCAGAAAAUACAGAAUCUGGUUGAUCGUCGACUGCAAGUGAACCGUGGGAAGCAAAUGACAAUGUAUCGAGUAUGGAUCCAGUGCAAAUACCAAAAACCUGUUGCCCCUCAGCUGUGAGGAAGCAGGGUGUGCUUUGUCAGAUUUUAUCCUCUUCAUGGUUGGUCUCCUCCUGGUGAGAUGUAUUGUUGAGGAAGUCAGCAUGCAUAGAACCUCAGUGCCUUUCAUAGCACCUAGCAUCACUAAAGAUGAGUUUUGCUAAGGACAAGUGGUCUAGGAGGAGACCAACAAGUAAUUAAGGUGUCUUGCUACUGGGCUGGGUUUUUAAAGUUUAUAGUUUUUAACAACAUAAGAAAUAGUCAUGCUAAGAGCAGCUGUGCAAGUUGAGUAGCAAGCCCCUCUUACUGUGGAUUUCUACAUGAAACAAGAUCUUCAACCUUGUCUCUGUGCUGUUGUUUUUUGUUUCCAAGACAAAUUUGAUAGAUCUGAUUUCCUUUGCAGCUGGUCACAUGGAUCCCUUUGCCAACUUAUCUCAUGCAAUUCUCUUUCAGUCCUUCAGAUCUGUGCAAAUCCAGAAGUUAAAAUACACUUAUUGAGGGCAUGAACUGAGAGCACGCUUGUUUCUCUGUGCCACUUUUCUCACAGACGUAUCCUGGUGGGCAGAUAACCUGUGGAGAACACAGAUUAUUGCUUUUACUGUCUUCAAGAUUGUUUCUUUACGGAGCUAGCACACUAUAGCUCAGUUGCUGUGAAUUCUCAGAGUUCAACCUUUCAGAAAUGUGAGGUUGUUGAUAAGGUAGUUCUGAAGCACCUUCAGAGUGCAGAGAAACCAAAGCAGCUUGUGGGACCAGAGUUUGCACAGAAUCCAUUACCUGCUUUUUCUGCCUGAAUAGUCAAGAAGUGUUCCAGCUGGCUGCAGAACCAGGUCACAAGCUGCACUGCCCUGUCUUGGUGAUGCACUAAACUAAAGUAGGCAAGGCACUUGUCUUUGAUAAGAAAUAUGAAGAGUGUCUACCAACGUUGUUUGAUUUAUUAAAGGAAACCAAGUGUGGCUUUCUGAAGGUAUUACCCCACUUUUGACAGCUGACAACUUUUAUCUCUACUUGUUGUUGGUUUUUUGUUACUUUUAGGAUGUCGGACAACAGAUAUUCAAAUAAAUUCUGAGGUAAUGUUUUUCA